GCUAAAUAGUAAAAAUUGUCGUCUGCUCUUUGCUGUCCGUGACAGCUCCUUCGAUAGUGCGUUGAAAAACAACAACAAAAAAUUACGUACAAAUACCUUGGGCAUAUCGUACGUUUAACUCAAGUAUUUGGUAACACCUGUUUGCAGUUAUAAAAGAUGAACAUGCCUGUAAGUCAGGAAAAAAAGAAAAUAUUUGUUACCGUCGGGACCACCCAAUUCGAUGAAUUGGUAACCCGGGUUUUGCAUCUGGACAUGUUAGAGAUUAUGGAGGCCCAAGGUUACACACACCUCAUCAUUCAAAUAGGACGAGGUCCUGAACCUCAAAUUCCAACUUCACAAAGAAUCCAAAUAACUGUGUAUCAUUUAAAAGGAAGUAUUUCUUCUGAUAUAAAAGAUGCCUCGCUAGUAAUUUCACAUGCAGGUGCAGGCAGUUGUCUCGAAGUACUUCAUGCACACAAGCCAUUAAUUGUUGUGGUCAACCAAAAGCUGAUGGGCAACCAUCAGCUGGAACUAGCUGAAAAACUUCACUCUGAAAGACAUGUUGUUAUGUGUUACCCAGAAACCUUGAAAACUACUAUGACAGAUUUUAAUACCUCAAGCCUUGAAAACCUACCAAUAAACAACCAAAUGGCACUGUCUAAUUACAUUGAAAAACUGAUGGGAUUUUGAAAAUAAAGUCCAAUUUAGUGUA